AUGGGUAAUGCGCAGUGCACUCACGCCCUGAAUCUGAGCUACACACUUGACCAGAGCAACACCUUGGACCAGAGCAAUGCCCUGGACAAGAGCUUGUGCACAGGCAGGUUGACCCAUGACAUCAGCCUGAAUGAGUUUGAGGAUGAGGACCUGUCUGAGAUCACUGAGAUCCCAGAUGAGUGUGGGAUGAGUCUCAACUGCAAUGGCCUGGAGAUUAAGGGCUGUGUGAGGCGGGGCCACAAUAGUGUGGUGGGGAAGGCAGAGCUGGGUGCUGUCGGCCAGCUCCAGGCCGAGAUGCUCCAUUUGGAUCUGAUUGACGGGGCCGAUGGUUACCGCGACGACAAUGAGUCAUCCAAGGAGCCAUCUUCCACAGCACCCUUGCCAAUAUAUACCGCCCUAAGAGACCCACAACCCUUAACCUUUUCCCCAUGGUGCCACACUCAGGACACAUUAAACAACAACUCAUUUGGUAAGAAGUACAGCUGGCAGGAGAAGGUUUCGCGCUCAUCCUCCCCCCUCAAAACAGGUGGGCUGACCUCUCCCCAUGAGCACAGCUGUCUGAGAGACGAGGACAAGCUGCAGCAGGGAUGUGGGACACAGACCAAGUACCGGGGCACAUCCACUGACGCUCCCUGCAAACACAAACACACCUUUGGACACACCCACAGUUCCACAGCGGGGACACGCUCCAAACUGCAGGAGAAGCCCCCAGCAACCCCGCCUCCCCAAAACUACACACCCGCACCUCUGGGCCCCUUAGGGAAGGGCGAGGGGGGUACACACAGAGAGAAGAUUCACUAUCACACAGACGUAUGCCUAGAACCCACCGAGGAGAUAUAUCUGACUCCAGUGCACAGUUCCGAGCAGGACCGCCCAUUCCUGUCCCAGCAGCCAGAGCACGGACACAUGUCAAUCAGCUCUGACACAGAGGGCCCGCCCCCUUACCAGCCUCUGCCCGAGCAGACCAACCUCUGCAUUUGUGAGGAGGUCGAGGUGUAUGUGCCCCCUCCUUCCUACGCCUCCUGUGUGGAGGCUCUCCUCACCCCUCCCUCUACUGUCACCCCCACGGAACCCCCAGCCUUAGCCCUGAACCUCAGCCUGAGGGAAGGAGGAGCAUGGGCGGUGGUGAGGGCAGGGGCAGGGGUGGAGUAUGUAGAUGCCGAGGAUGAGACAUUUGGGGGAGAGGGUGAGGCUGAGGAUAAGAGGGUAAGGGAUGUGGUAGGCAGGCGGUAUUUGGGACAUGGCGGCUGUGGUGCCCCCCCCAAGGAAUUUAAUGAGCUCAGAAGCAAGUGGUCUGUCUUACGACUGAAGUACACACUCGUCAUGGACGAGCACGCACAGCUCGAACAGGUGAGUCUGUGGCAGUGUUACCAACGUUACAGCGAUGACAGCGACUCUGCGACCGUCUACAACAACUGCGUCUCGUCUCCGUAUGAGUCGGCCAUAGUGGAGGAGUAUGAGGAGGAAGAGGAAGAGGAAGAAGAGAAAGAGGACGAGAAGGAGAGAGUGAGAGUGGGAAUGGUGAGGAGAGAAGCCACCGCCUGUCUGUCAGAAGACUACACCCCAGAGGCGAACCUGCACUUCUCUAAGAGGUUCCUCAACAUCUUCAUGAACGGACGGUCACGAUCCUCCAGUGCAAAGUCAUUUGGCUUGUUCUCCUGCUUCAUUAAUGGGGAGGAGAGGGAACAGAGUCACAGAGCCAUCAACAGGUUCGUCCCUCGCCAUGAUGACGAGCUGGAGUUGGAGGUGGAUGACCCUCUACUUGUGGAAGUACAAGCAGAGGAUUACUGGUAUGAAGGCUACAACAUGCGUACAGGAACCCGCGGCAUCUUCCCUGCUUACUACGCCAUAGAGGUCGCCAAGAAGCCAGAGUGCUUCAAAGUGAAGAGCAGUGAAUGGAUAGACAGAUACCACAUGAAAUUCCUGGGCUCGGUCCAAGUGCCCUACCACAAAGGCAACGAUGUUCUGUGUGCAGCUAUGCAGAAGAUUGCCACCAAUAGAAGUAUGACAGUGCAGUAUAACCCACCUUCAUCUUGUAUCCUUGAGAUCAACAUGAAAGGCGUGAAGCUCCUAGUCCAGGAUGACUACUAUGCCUCUGACAGAAGUAACCAGUGCAGCCACUUCUUCCAGUUGAAGAAUGUUUCCUUCUGUGGCUAUCACCCUAAGAACAGCAAGUACUUUGGCUUCAUCACAAAACACCCAGCUGACCAGAGAUUUGCCUGUCAUGUGUUUGUGUCUGAAGAUUCUACUAAACCCCUGGCAGAUUCUGUUGGGAAAGCCUUCCAGUUGUACUAUAAGGAAUUUGUAGAUUACUCCUGUCCAACAGAGGAUAUUUACCUGGAAUAGCACCCGCCUCAACUUCCCCCACAACCCUGUACAUUACAGAUUAUCAUAACAAAGUUGCAUGAUGGAGAAAACAUUUCUAACAAAUAUGAACUAAUAUAUCUGACAAAAAUAUGGAGAGAGAGAAAGACGGAGAGGUAUUGGUGUCUACUGUUUAUCCAAAUAUGUCAAACAGUCUGAAGAAUGAACAAGUAAUUGAUCCAAACAUAGUGGAGACGUUGGAGAGAGGGUUGCAAAAUAUGCAAAAUGGAGUCACUAAUGAGGAAGUUAAUGUGCCUAUGGUGUCGUCAGGCUGUCCACUCAAAGCACAAUGCUCAAAUCAUAGUGACCUGGACUGGAGUAGUCUGAGACUAAUCUUUGUGGACUUAAAGCUUGAAUCCCAGGUAGAACACUGGGCUUUGUGGACUUGGAGCUUGAAUCCCAGGUAGAACACUGAGCUUUGUGGACUUGGAGCUUGAAUCCCAGGUAGAACACUGAGCUUUGUGGACUUGGAGCUUGAAUCCCAGGUAGAACACUGAGCUUUGUGGACUUGGAGCUUGAAUCCCAGGUAGAACACUGGGAUUUGUGGACUUGGUGAACCCCAGAAAAAACAGCAGUCACUAAGGUAACAGCAAAUGGAGGUCAGGGAAAAUAAAUCAAUAAAUUAAUGAACCUGCCAUAAAGAUCCUAAUAAAUUACUAGUAUUUGAGUA